AUGGCGGCACCCUUGAAGCUGGACGUCGUGAUUGUUGGCGCUGGGCUCGCGGGGAUUGCAACAGCAUUUAGGAUGGGCCACGAUGGCCACCGAGUACGUGUUGUGGAUGACCGCGAACAAAGCGAAAGGGGAUGCACAGGAGCUCAUAUCCCGCCAAAUGCUACCAAAAUCCUAACAGAUUGGGGAUUCAAAAAGGAUGUCGAGUCCAGUGGCAACCCGUUAUCUCGUGGAACAUUUUAUUCCAUGGACACCGGCGAGCUCAUCGGACGUCAAACGUGGAGAGAAGAGGUUAUGCGUGAGCUGGGAGCUAAUCAGCAUUACAUGCAUUACCAGGAUCUGUACACUAUGCUUUAUAAAGCUGCUGUCAAUAUCGGCGUCAACAUACGCUUCGGUAAACGGGUGGUAAACGUCGAGACUGACCUGGAGCGUCCUCGUGUCACUCUCGCGGAUCGGACCAUUUUAGAAGCCGACUUGAUCAUUGGCGCCGAUGGUCCCAACAGUUUUGUCCGCAGGACCUUGUUUGGUGACGGGCCUGUGAAUUUUGAGGGCCAUACACUGUUCACAGGAGUAAUACCCAUGGAAUUAAUAAAGAAAGAUACCGAGUUAUCCAACUUAUGCAGGUCGGAUCGUGCAGAGUGGCCUAUAUGGAUUGACUCUUCAAGGCAUAGCGAAGGAGCUUUGGUUCGCAACGAGACUGAAUUUGCUUUGCACGUAUUCUACCCCAACGAUGAGUUAUCUGCUGCGGAUGAUAGCUGCUGGGAAGGAAAACCUGUGCCGGGUCGUCCUCCCAAUACCAUCGAUCCUAAGCUACAUCGUCUAGUAGAUAUGUGCCCAGAGAUGCACCGUCAGAAGCUGAUUAUACGACAAGGGCCUGAGGAGUGGACAGAUGACUCUGGCAAAAUAAUUUUGAUCGGUCAAGCAGCUCACCCGAUACAUCCUUGUUGGGUCCUUUCCUGUUCCGUCCAUCUAGAGGAUGCGGAGACGUUGGGAACCCUGCUAUCUCGCAUCACCGAUCUUGACCAGCUUCCAGGGCUCCUCGAAGGAUUCCAGGAGGUCGGGGGGCGUCGGGCUCGGUAUAUCAGAGACAUAUCAUGGCAAGAGAUAGUUGGCCCGCUUUGGCUUUCUCCUGGCCCUGCCCGGAAUAUGAGGGACGAAGCACUUCGUAAGGCGGAUGACGACUCGGACUGGGAUGACGCGAUGAUGAGGAAACAGUUCGAUGGGUUCUACGCAGCACUCGGUUAUAAUGCUCGCGAUGCUGCAGAUGAUUGGUGGACGACGUGGGGGCUGCUGAGAGAGCGGAGCAAGAGCGUAUACCUCGACGAAAUCCUGGAUAACUUUACGCCUUUCGGUAUAACGAUGGAGGAAGCAGUACAUUCGCAUGGCGCGUGA